ACUGCCUGGCCCCAUUCAACCGUUGCCCUCUCGCCACCAUGACUGCCACACCUCCCGCCACCAAAGAGCUCAAAUACAUGUUCGCGCAUAUCGAAGAUGAUAAACUAGUGAAAGAUCCUGAUAAUCCGAAGUUCGACUAUGGAGGUCCCGGUGAUAAUUUUGAUUCCUUCAUAGCUCCCAUUCGAAAACAGCGACCUCAAAUUCAUCGAAAAUGGGUUCUUCUAGUCCCUGAAACUCCGAUUAUGUAUGCCCCUUCCACAACCUUCUGGAAUCGUGUCGCAGAAUGCCCGCCUGUUGAGUAUUACGCCGGAUAUUGGCGUGUUUGGGAGUCUGGCCCCCUUCCUGCCCCUGUUCCGCCCAUCGAUCCCGUCUCCAUAUCUGUCUUUCUGGUUCCUGAUUCCCAGUACGCACAGCUGAAUGAGGAACGGGACAAGUUGACCGAUUUGCGGGUGAAGAACAUCUUUCAACGUCCCCAGAAGGCUCCUUCCAAGGGUGCAACCGCCUCUACUUUCAUCAACGACCACAAAUCCAAUCCCAUCGCCAUUGGGAGGCCGAAGCAGGACGAUUUCUAUCACGUCCCUAUUUCCCUCUUCCAUGCCGAAUUUGCUCAAUUUAAAGAAGACAUUGUUUCCGGCGCUCUUGAUCAAGAACUGUCACCCCUCGCUUACAGGUGGUUGAAGGAACUUUCAGGCUUCUUUGAGGACGAGAAGAAGCGAGAGUCCAAGUUUCACGAGCUACUAUCCGAUUUACUUGACGGUUACAAGGUGGUGAAAAAACAAAUCGGCUCGUUCGAAACCGACGGAGGCAUUGAUCCGAAUGAUUUAGAUAUACCUGAUCUGUUGGUUAAGCCCUUGCUUGUGGAGGUCAAGAUAGAAUUCACCCAAGGAUCGUGUGACGCUGUCUUCGAGAUUGUACUUUAUGAUCAGGAAGGGGUCAGGCUCAUACUUUCAAACGAUAAUUACAAGGGUGAUUGGCGAAAGACAAGAAUUCCCUCUGUCCUUGUCAUUCAUAAUGGUCCCAAUGUUCAGGCUCUAGGUGCCGUCUAUCUAACCGAUCAAUACGUUGAAGUGCUCUCACCUUCGCUGCCGCUCUACUUCAGCGAGUACGAUACCCGUUCUAUGGAAAAUCUUCUCAGAUUUAUGACAGCCCUCCGGAAUCUCUUCCGCUCUCUUCUCAAGGUUUACGAAAAGCCAAACGACUACGCUAUUGACUCUGAUCAGGUCAGUUUCCCUUAUCCUCGCUCAUACCGGUCUUCCGGGACCACGGUUUGGUUCAACUACAUCAAGCGAGUCAGCCAGAUUCGCCUCGUAUUCACCGCUCGUACUGAGGGUGAUCAAGAUAUUAUCAUCAAAUUUGGAUACGGGCCUUAUGGAGUUGAGGCGCAUCAGGCAGCAGCUGAAUCUGGCUUUGCCCCAGCUCUGCUGAGCCAUUCCAAUCUUGCUGGUGGGUGGUGGAUGGUAGUAAUGGAGAACUUGGAAAGUGACUUUCAACCAUGCGACGAUUUUGACAUCCUCGAGCCAUCUUGCAAGGAUGCGAUUACAAAGUCUGUGUCCAAGUUUCACAAACUGGGUUUUGUUCAUGGUGAUUUGCGUGACACGAAUGUGUUUGUGCGUCGAAAGCAGGAUAGAUGGGAAUGUCAGCUCAUUGACUAUGAUUGGGCUGGGCGAGAAGGAGAGGUUGUGUACCCGAUUGGAGUGUAUAACACACACAGUGUCUGGCGACCCGAGCUCCAUCUAGACGGUCAGUUGAUUACCUCUGAGCAUGAUAAUUUAACAGUAAAUGAAUUUUUGAGACGACGCACUAAAAUCAUUCGUUUCUGAUGUAAUAUUUCUUGGAAUUGUACUGCAUCCAUACGAUAGUCUCAGUCAGUGCUUCCACACUAUGUUUCAUUAUUUGUUUGUUUUAUGGAGGAACAACCCCCAGCAUAUACUACCUCUCCUGCCUGACAAUCCCUUUCCAGCUAAUUUCCCCGACACGGUUGCUGGAUAUCGAU